AUGUCUAUCACCAGCGAUCAAUGGGGCACCCAAUUCUACGCCCACCACUCCCACGGCGGCGCCUCCACCUCUUCCGCCGUCGCCCACCAUGGCCCCAACACUAACAACUCUAACUCCAUUUCCAAGCCCCGGCGCCGCUCCCGGGCUUCCCGGAAAGCCCCGACGACUCUCCUCAAUGCCAGCACCUCCAAUUUCAGGGACUUGGUGCAGCAGUUCACUGGGUUUCAUGCCGCCGGCGCCUCCUUGCCUUUGGGCAGCCAUAAGGGUCCGGUCAACCUUAGCUUCGGCCAGGAUGGAGACGAUCACCUUCAUAACAACCACCCCUCUGUUAUGCUCCCUUUCUCCGACGGCCGCCUUCUUCAGCGGCGACAGCAGCCGCCGGAGCAGCGAUUCCCCGUGGCGGCGGAAAGUAAUGGGUUUUCAGUGCCGGGGGCGGAAUUGAUGGAAAUUGAAAAUCUGAUUGAUGAGGAUUUGAGUUACGAUCUGCAGGAAUUGGGGAUGGAGUUUUCUUCGUCCAGUGGGAAUGGGAAUUACGGCGGUGGAUACUUCCAUUGA